AUGCCUAAUGUCCUCAUCGUCAAUGACAAUGCUUCUUUCGCUUCCAGUGACACCUUCUCUACUCAAGAUUCGAUAGAGCAACCACGACAUUCGCUCCGUCGAAGAAACACAGUCUCCCAACUUACAAGGAGGGUUUCUAAGAGAAUAUCCCAAACAAUACUCAGGGCCAGAGUUCAAGAACAUGCGCUAAGCGAAAAGAACCUCAAAGACCUCAACGAUGCAACAGAUAUCAAUCCACACAACUUAUGCUCGCCCGCUCAUCAGCCUCGUGAGGUUAAAAUAUACAACAGUAUUCACGAAAAAAUUGAGGAGGAAUGCCCUAUUCUUAGCGUGGAAGAAGCGAGAGAGACACGCCUUCAUCAGUCGUAUGCAACCUUCUGUGAAAACUUUACGCUGUCGGGAACAACAAGUACGAGGAGGAGGUUUGACUUAUCAAUGGGGACGGAGUGGGCAGAGGAGCAUACACAAUCCUCACACACGGAUCUGACUCUCGAAAAUGACACACCUGCAUUUUCGGGUUCUCAUGCAUGUCCUAAGCAUAUAACGGUCCAUUCAAAGCCCAGACCAAGUACAGUCGUGUUCCCAAUAUCGUGUCCAUCUACGGACCUCGACGAUACACCCAUACCACCCUCAGCAGCUACCGAGAAGCCCUCUUCAGAAUUACCGGCGACAGGCACAUCAAAGGUUGAGGAAGACUUGAACAAGAUCAGUUCUGAGAUAGCGCCGAAAUCUAACUACCCCCAACCGCCGCCUCACAUCAUCACCCCAACUGUGUGGAUGGACAUGCAGCGCGACAAGCAAGAACGCAAAGCAGCUCGACGGCAGAAACUGUUAAGUCCGUUUCGGUCGUGGUUUAUGACAAGCCAGCCCUCGUGGGGACGGAGACAUGAAGUCGUCGAAUAA